GAGGAGGAGUGCGUUUGAUUGUUGCAGGGCUCAAUGGCGGACAGAGCAGGAUAGUCGUGUUGAUACCGAGGACAAAAACGUUUCGACUGGGUGAAUUCUUUGCGUGGGCUCGGUCCCCCGCUUGCCCCCGGGUAAAACGGCCGAACGAUCUUCUUUGUGCAUGAACAUUUGACACAAAGCCGACGCAGGUUUUUUGCUUUUGUACUCACCUUAGCUGUCUUGAGUUCCUAUCCCAAACGGAGAAGUUAAAACUGCUCAUGGUAGCUCGUUAGAGGGAGCUAGCCUAUUUUUUUCCCUAGCCAACCAUGGGGGAGUCGCUCGAAUUGAUCGGGAAGCGUCUGCUUUUGCUCCUUGACGACGGCAGGUCCGCGAAUGUGUCCGAGCCGGAGCAGGCUGCAUGGGCCCGGGACUGGCUCCGUGGAACGGUUCGAGCUGUUAGCUUAAUCGGCCUUAACGCCUCGGAGGUUGGCGGAGAAGAAGCGACAACAACAACCACUUCUGCAGGGCUGACGGUAUUUGUUGAAUUUGAGAAUGCAUCGCAGCAGUGCUCCUGGGUGCAGGUGUAUGACGAGGGGGUGAAGGCCGUGCUGGUGGAACACUCCAUCGUAUGGGUUAAUCGGAAUGAUGGUAACACGACAGCUGGAAUUCCUAUGUCCGUCACAGCCUGGCCUGCUUUGGUUUUUCAUUCGCUUGUGGAUAGAGUGGGCUUAGGAUCCUUGGUUCCUGUUGAGUAUUUCGGAAGCAAGAAUUUUGAGUUUCUUCCUGACAACACAACUGUCCAGAGAUUUGAGGUUGAUAAAGAUCUGAGACAUCCUCUUCUGUUGGAGUAUCCGGCUCUGCAGGCAGCCGUUUCCAGCUGGCGCUCCAACUUUGAACUCCAGGAUAUCUUCAGAAAGGGGACUUACAGCAUUAAAGGCCGCAGAGUUCGUGUGUACCAGCCUGAGUUUGACGGCUGGGCCUCCGGACUGGUCUCGCAGCAUGACCCUGCUUCCCAUAUAAUGAAGAUUGCUUUGGAGGAGAAAAACAGCCAUGAGAUGGUGGACCCCCGUGUGAUACAUGUCAUGCUUAUAGAAGAAGAGAUUGGUAAGAAUGGACAACGAAGGAAGGAGAGUGAAACGGUAAAAGGAGAUGGCGGGCGGAGACGGAGAACUUCCUCAGAGGGUGAAGAGGACUUCAACUUGAAGCGAUUUAAAGGAGCUGGGGAGUUUCAAACGGACGCACAGAACUGCGAGGACUCAAGAAACACCCCAGUGGACGGGAUAGGGAUCUGGGCCACAGACGGUGCAGACAAAGUCAACAAAGCAAUCAAGAACGGAAGCCCCUCAGAAGGAACCUCUCCUCAGGGCAGAGUGUCGUCUCCAAACGCAUCACUCCAGACCAACCAGUCCAACACUACUCCUCGCAGUCUGGCUCACGUCAAAGAAAACGGUCGCUCGCUCCCCACGCAGGGAGCUUCCGACUCCUCCAGCCCAGUCACCCCCACCCCCACUCCUCCUCCCCUGAAACCAGCUCCUUCUCUUUUCUCUACUACAUCUUUUCCCUCGCUGGGCCAGAUGCCAAUCCUGGUCCCUGGAGCUCCAGCUCCAAAAGUUUCCCCCUCCCAGCAAGCUGAGCAGGAGGACGCCUGUCAGACGUCUUUCUCGAAAACAUCAGCUCUUGUUUCUCCAGGACCUGUCACUAUUUCCUGGUCACAGGACAGUGUACCCAGUGUGGCGCUUUCUUCAUCUGUGGGGUUUAAUCCCAAAGCCACCACCUGGGGAGCCUUAAAUGAGGGAUCCAAAACCACAUAUAACUUCAGUUUUCCUCAGGCUGCACCCACUGCUGCUCCUGUGUUUGGAGAUGUCACCUCUCAGACCAAUGGAGCUCCCACCACCACCUCCACCUCCACAGUCACCCAUGACACUCCUAGGUCCUUUGGCUUCGGCUUUAGUGGUUCCAGUAAAGAAGCUCAGACUAAACAAGACAAGAAUCUGUUUUUCCAGUGCAUGACCCAAACUCCUGGCAACAGCUCAAGCAUAACUCCGGCUCAACCCAAGGACACAAAUUACUUCACCUCAGUGUCUGAGAGUCUUGGUAAAGAUCCCCCCAAUCUCUUCAAUGCUGCAGCUUCACCUGAAGGACUGAAAAAGCCUGAGCAGACCAAAGUGCCUGAGGUACAACCAGCAGGAAAUGGUGUCUUCAACAAGUCAUCAGUCUUCCAGGGAGGCUCUGCAGGAGGGCGGACUUCCGGCCUAAGUGUUGGAGGUCAGAGUGGUGCAAGUGGAGCCCAAAGUGCUAUUAAGAAAAGUAAUAAUAAUGGGACAUCCUUAGGGGGCGUAGCCCCACAGUCUAAUUUUAAAUCCACAGACUGCCAUCAGAAUAUAUUUCUCCAGGCCUCCAAAGAGUCUGCUAAUCCGUUUCUGGCAUAUGGGGAUAAAAGCCCCCAUACCUCUUUUGCUGGCCUCUCUGGGACUGAGUCUAAGUCUUUAGGAGUGGCCUUGGACAGUAAGCCUAACCUGUUCACUAUGGCAGAACCCCCGAAGGGGAUCCUUUCAUCCUCUUUCCCGGCAUUGUCUUCUGCUGCUUCAGUCAGCUCUUCCUCCUCCGCAGCUUCUUCUCAGACAUCACAGAGUGAGGGAAUUGUAGCAAAAGAGGAUGAAAGAGCUGGGGAGUUGCCCACAUCCACCUCAAGCGGGCCUUUGUUCGGAAGUACCGAGCCUGGUGAAAUGGAAGACAUGCCCGCAGCUUUUGAUCCGAGCCAGAAUUUUUCUCUAGAAGAGAGAGGUCAGUCAUCUAAACACGACUCAGACUCCAGCAGCAACAGUGACAUUUCAGACCUCAGUGAGAACGAGGACGGCCUUGAAAGAGGCGACGUUACCGGAGGACUCGCUCAUUCUGCCAAGGAUGGAACCAUUCUGCAAAAGGGCAAAAUCCAAGGGGCCGCUAAGAGUCGGCCUCGCAACAAACCCUUCAAAGUGGGCCAGUCUAUUCUAAAAGACCAGAGCAAGGUGCGCCGUCUAAAACAAUCUGGGGAGUCAUUUCUCCAAGAUGGCUCCUGCAUCAGCGUGGCUCCACAUUUGCACAAGUGCCGCGAAUGCCGACUUGAGCGGUACCGCAAAUAUCGGAACACAGAAGACGACAGCGAGGAUGACGAUGACCCAAAUGUCGCCUGUCGUUUCUUCCACUUUAGAAGGUUGGCUUUCACUCGUAAAGGUGUGCUGCGGGUGGAGGGCUUCUUAAGCCCUCAGCAAAGCGACGCCAUGGCUAUGGGCUUGUGGUUGCCUGUGCCAGCAGUUCAAGAAGGGCUCGACCUUGACACUUCCAAGUACAUUCUUGCCAACGUGGGAGAUCAGUUCUGUCAGUUGGUUAUGUCUGAGAAAGAAGCUAUGAUGAUGGUGGAGCCUCACCAGAAAGUGGCGUGGAAACGUGCGGUACGAGGCGUCAGAGAAAUGUGCGACGUUUGCGAGACCACGCUGUUCAACAUCCACUGGGUGUGUCGUAAAUGUGGCUUCGGCGUGUGUCUGGACUGCUACCGACUCCGCAGGAACAGACCAAGGGAAGACUUGGAUGAAGCUCCAGAGGACGACGUUUUCUCUUGGUUAAAGUGUGCCAAAGGUCAACCUCAUGAGCCGCAAAACCUUAUGCCUACACAAAUUAUACCUGGGACGGCUCUGUACAACAUUGGCGAUAUGGUACACGCUGCCAGAGGCAAAUGGGGUAUUAAAGCCAACUGUCCCUGCGCUAGUAGACACACAAAGCCUUUAGUGCGCCCAACUGCCCCCAACGGGUUUUCACAGUCUUCAACAAGCAGUGUGGGUGGCCUUCCUUCGUCGACCUCUGUAACUCCCAAGCCAGAGGGAGAAACACUAGUAAUCAAAACAGAAGCUAUACCAACAGCAAUGCCUUCAGACACCGGGGGUGGGGAAGUUGUGGGGAGCACCAGCAACUCCUUCCCUGCUGUGUCUUCAUCCUGUAACGUCCCCCAGACUCCCGUCAAAGACUCUCGCUCGUCGGGAGAGGGCAACAGCUCUGCUCUUCACUGGUUGGCAGAUUUGGCCACGCAAAAAGCCAAGGAUGACACCAAGGAGUCCGGUUCACUUCGCUCCAUGAUGAAUCGAGAAAGUCGACCACCGUUCGGCCUGGAUUCUCUGGGUGCUCUGUCGAAGCCUUCUGUUUCCAGUCCUAAGCUCUUUAACAGCUUGUUACUGGGCCCCAGUAUGGCCCAGUCUAAACCAGAGGGAUCCAGCCUUCGAGACUUGCUCAACUCUGGACCAGGCAAACUCCCCCAAGGUCCUGGAGAGAGUGGAGUGCCAUUCCCCUCUGUUUUCACAUCAGCAAGUAGCGACAAGCUGAAGAGCAGCCUCCCAAACUUCCUGGAUCACAUCAUUGCCUCGGUGGUGGAGACCAAAAAGGCAGAGGGCCGCCGCCCCGGGGCCCCUGAAGGUGGAGAACUUGGUGUGAUGGGGGCUCGUAAAGAUGGGGUAAUGGGUCUCAGUGUUCUGGAACCGCACACCUCCCACUCCUGGCUCUGUGACGGGCGACUCCUUUGCCUGCAAGACCCCAGCAACAGCAACAACUGGAAGAUUUUCAGGGAGUGUUGGAAGCAGGGACAGCCCGUGUUGGUAUCGGGGAUUCAUAAACGUCUAAAAGGAGGAUUGUGGCGACCUGAAGCCUUCAGCGAAGAGUUUGGAGAUCAAGAUGUGGACCUGGUGAAUUGCAGGAAUUGUGCGAUUAUUUCUGACGUAAAGGUUCGGGACUUCUGGGAUGGCUUUGAGAUGAUCUCCAAGCGACUACAAGAUAGUGAUGGGCGACCCAUGGUGUUGAAGUUAAAGGACUGGCCUCCAGGGGAGGAUUUUAGGGAUAUGAUGCCUACCAGAUUUGAUGAUUUAAUGGAAAAUCUUCCCUUGCCCGAGUACACCAAAAGAGACGGUCGUCUGAACCUGGCAGCCCGAUUGCCCAAUUUUUUUGUGCGCCCUGACUUGGGGCCAAAGAUGUACAACGCCUAUGGCCUAACCUCGACUGAAGACAGGAAGGUGGGAACCACUAACCUCCAUUUGGAUGUGUCUGAUGCGGUUAACGUCAUGGUUUAUGUUGGCGUUCCUCGCGGAGACGAUAACCACGAAGAUGAGGCGGUAAUCUCUGGACGCAAAGAGGUCAUGACCACCAUUGAUGAAGGUGAUGUGGAUGAAAUGACGAAGAGGAGGGUUCACGAAGGAAAGGAGAAACCAGGAGCUCUCUGGCACAUCUAUGCUGCUAAGGACGCUGAGAAGAUCAGAGAACUGCUCCGCAAGGUGGGAGAAGAGCAAGGUCAAGAGAACCCUCCAGACCACGACCCCAUUCACGACCAGAGCUGGUACCUGGACCAGGUGCUUCGCCGGAGGCUCUACGAAGAGUAUGGCGUCCAAGGCUGGGCCAUUGUACAGUUUUUAGGAGAUGCUGUAUUUAUUCCAGCCGGAGCUCCACACCAGGUACACAACCUGUACAGUUGUAUCAAAGUGGCAGAGGACUUUGUGUCUCCGGAGCAUGUGAGGCACUGUUUCAGACUCACGCAGGAGUUCAGACACCUGUCCACAACUCACACAAACCACGAAGACAAGCUUCAGGUGAAGAACAUCAUCUAUCAUGCAGUGAAGGACGCUGUCGGGACACUGAAGGCCCACGAGUCGAAACUAGCCCGCCCUUAGUCUUUCUUCCCAAACAGCCGGUGGCUGAAGAUCAGUCCACUGUGGAGACACGGCAGACAACACAGCACCAUGCUGCGGCUAGCAGCACACCGAGAUAGUGUAGGUUCUUUGGUGCAGUGAAAGACCGAGUGUGUCAAGCAUUUCAUAUUGGGGCAAUUUAGAUGCGGGAUGGGGUUAAUCAACACUUGGAUGAAGAAAGUCCUUUUAUCACUCUAUUACACAGUAUGCUCAAACUUGUCUAGUUGUUUUCCAAUUUUGUUUUCUUUUUUGAUUAACAUUGUAUUUAAGAUCAGUCAGUGUGUUCUGUUGUUUCCAUUGUAAAUGUGAGGUGUGAGAGGAAGGGAGGUGAAAGCUGACGUGCCUUUGGAGCAGAGGUUCAGCUACAAAAUAAGCAACUGACGAAUUGUGAGUUUGGGCUAACUUUCCUGUUAUGAUGACAUGGAUGUUAAGUUUCUUUAAUAGGAUCCAGGUUAACCUGCUUUUGUAGAUUUUUAUUUCCAGUGACGUUUUUAAGCAGCUGAACACUUCUGCCCUCUGCGGCUGACAGGAUUUUUCGAAGCAGCCAGUCAAGGGAAGCAGACCAAAGUUUUGUAUUUUUCGUUUUCUUAUUUCUCUCUCAGAGUAAGAAGUCUUUUCUUUUUAUGUAAAGCUGCGAGUUAACAGUGAAGAGAGCUUCAGAGAGGGCAGGUUAAUUGCUUUUGUCUUGUGGGUUCAGUGAACUGCAGACUUCCAACAGCAUUGUUUAAUAAUCACAUUUGCAGCGGAACAAAACUACUGGCCAUUAACAUUGUAUCAAUAUAUAAAUUGAUCUUAGCAGUCUGUUUGAUUUUUCACAAUAAAGUUUACAAAAACUA